UUUGUGUUAAGGCUAAUAAGACAUUUGUCACCUGACAACACAGAUAUAAUAUAGGUAUAUGUGUGUGUAUGUAUGGGGUAUCAGUGUGUGUGAGGCUGACUCCUUUUGGUUCCACUUCCUGUAUUUGGUAAUGUAAAUAAGAAAAAGUGAUUUCUUGUCUUUAUUUCCCAUGUCUAGUUUAUGUGUUUAUCUUUGAUCUGCUAUGUUGUGGUUUUAAUCUAAGCCUGUCCAUGGAAGGUUUGUCGAUGGACAUUUUCAGUUUACAGUGCCUGCUUAAUUCUCAGAAUACAACAGUGAUUAUAUGCACUUGCACCUCGCCUAUCAUUCCUGUUUAUUAUGGUGUACAUACAGUGGGUAUGUAGUGUGUAGGCCAAAGUUAAUAAUAAUUCUCAGGUGUGUAACAGGCAUUAGGAAAAAUCAUGGAAUUACCAUGGGACCUCAGCUCAACCGUCACUUGUCACCACAACAACGGAGGAGGGCCCCACUCGAAAGGAAAUUCAUAAACAGCUUCGUUCAACACCCUCAGGCACUAUUCAUCUUGAACAUCCGUUACUCUCACACACUCCGAGUCAGACCGGACCAUCUGUCCCAGAAUUCAUCUCUUUGCCAUACUCAGUGUACUCUGUGCAGUGAUCAUGCCAAGCCAGCUGGAGGGAGCAAUGGACGCUCUGAUCCGUGUCUUCUACAACUACUCAGGUAACGACGGAGACAAAUACAAACUGAACAAAGGCGAGCUGAAAGAGCUUCUGAACAGUGAGCUCACCGACUUCCUCACAUCACAGAAGGACCCUAUGCUCGUGGAGAAGAUUAUGAAUGAUCUUGACUCCAAUAAAGACAAUGAAGUUGAUUUUAAUGAAUUUGUGGUACUGGUGGCAGCACUGACUGUGGCCUGCAAUGACUUCUUCCAGGAAAUGCAGAAAAAGAAAUGAGAGUGCAGAACAUCACACACUAUAAAGUAGAUAUGUUAUAAUAUUGUGCUAAAACUUGCUCUGUUAGCUUGUGAUUGUAAAUGUGCAAAACUAUAGCAUGUAAGUCCUUGUGUGCAUGACUGGGUGUGUCGCGUUUAUGUGUCUACCUGAAUCGGAAACUUUCCCCUUAACCAACGUUCACUGAAUAUAUUUAAUUUGUGAAAUUCAUCAAUGAAAAAUUUUACCAUUGGAGUGAAAAUUAAACAGAUUUGAUUACUUUGGCUCACAAUCUGAAUUACAGAGUUACUGUUUAUUCGUUCAUUUAAACACUUGCUUUAAACACGGUGUGGUGUGCUCAGACCAAAUCAGAGGAUCCCUGUGAGUGAAUUAGUGAUCGUCAUAGAUAUAAUAUAGCAGUCAAUUGCUGUUAAUAAAUGCCAUUAACAUAGCAUGCAAUAUAUUUAAUAAAACCUGUUUGUCCUUAACACAAAUGAGUGUAACAGAUACCACUGUACACAGAAUCCAAAAUCAUGAGAGUUGAUUCGUUUAAUCCAAAAUGAAUAUACACUAUUACUUGUAAUCACUGAUAAUUAUUAUUUAAAGUAGGUCUACAUUACAAAGCUAUUUGAGAAAUCAAUCUAUGAAACUUUUGUUUAAAAGUUGACCAACAUUAAAAAGUUAUUUACG